CAGUGGCAGAAUUGAAGCCACCACACGCCCUCUGCUGCCAGCUUCCAAAAUGGCGGCAUUGGUGGCAAGGGCGCUGGGAGCAGCGGGCGGACGGCAGGUCAUUCGGGUGUGGGGGCGGCAUAGGCUUGUUCCAACAAAACCAUCAGUUUGCUGUCCUCGCACUUUUUGGUGUUCACCAGCACUGAGGACAUCAGAAGAAAAGAAGCCGCCCUCUUCUUUUACUCAAAGUGAGUCUCCAGAAUUUGAUGAGACACAAAGCCACUCCCCACCUCCACCCAGAUACACUGACCAGGGAGGAGAAGAAUCAGAAGGUUAUGAGAGUGAAGAGCAAAUCCAGGAACGCAUCCUCACAGCAGCUCUGCAGUAUGUACCAGAAUAUGACUGGUCUGCUGAGGCUAUUGCUGAAGGUGCUAAGUCCCUAGAUCUGUCCUCUGCAGCAGCUGGGAUGUUUGAAGAUGGAGGCAGUGAGUUGGUCUUGCACUUUGUGUCCCAGUGUAAUGCGUGUCUGUCGGAGCUUCUUGAGGAGGAACAUAAGCUGGUCCAGCUGGGCAAUGCUGAGAAGAAGCCUAUUGCUAGUUUCCUGAAAGAUGCUAUUGAAGCUCGGCUCCGAAUGCAAAUUCCAUACAUCGAAAAAUGGCCACAGGCUUUAGGACUCCUCCUUCUCCCAAAUAAUAUUCCUUCAAGCUUAAAGCUUCUCACUGCGAUGGUGGAUGAUAUCUGGCAUUAUGCAGGAGACCAAUCUACUGAUGUCAGCUGGUACACACGUCGGGUGGUGCUGGCCGGUAUAUAUAACACCACUGAACUCGUUAUGCUGCAGGACUCCUCUCCUGAUUUCGAGGACACAUGGACCUUUCUGCAUAAUCGUAUCUCUGAGGCAAUGACCAUGGGAAACUCUAUGAAACAGGUAACCUCUACUGGAGAAGCUGUUGUGCAGGGACUUAUGGGAGCUGCUGUUACGUUAAAGAACCUUGCAGGCCUGAACCAACGUCGGUGAGAAGUGUAUGUGAAUCAGCAGCCCAGAUUUUAACUCUUCUCACAUUUCUAAGUUUUGUUCUACUGGAGCUGCCUGGGAUGUGCCCAUAUCUGAGUGUAAUAAAAUUAUAUGGACUCUGUUGUGCUGACAUUUAAGAUGUGGUGGUUGGUACUUUUUUACAGUCUCUCUUUUUAUCAUAGUUUUAGCAUUAUCACAGCACUUGUUUUUUUUUUUAUUAUAACUUAUUUAAGAAUUUAGCUUUACAAAGUUAGUCAAUUUGUAAAUGACUAAAAUGCGUAACAUGGUCAAGUAGACUACAUAGUCUCUUGACAGGUAAACACAAUAGACAUGUUAUAGACAGCCCUAAUCUUGCAUCUUCUUAAGAAAAAUAUAAAAAACAAAACAAAUACACAUGGUAGGGGAGGGGGCAUAAAAUAACCAUAUCUGAGAUACUGCGUGCUUCCUACACAAUCAUAAAAGGUUAUUUAUUCAAGAUGCCCAUAUCUCUAAAUAUGAUGAGUUUUUGGUUAAUGAAAUAAAAUAAGAUUUGUCCAA